CUAAUCGAUAUGUUUAAAUUAGUAAUAUUGGUGUCCGCUAUUGCGUGUGUUCUAGGCGGAAUCGUACCGGAAGGUCUUUCACCACAGAUCGAUGGACGAAUAGUUGGUGGCAAUGAAGGCAAUAUCAUUCAAUAUCCUUAUUUAGUUUCUAUACAAAGAAAUGGUCAACACGUUUGUGGAGGUUCCAUUUAUAGCAAUAAUAUUGUUGUGACUGCGGCUCAUUGUUUGCAAAAAGUUUCGACGAAUGAUUUAAGAGUAAGAGCUGGUUCUUCGACAUGGAAUACAGGUGGCAUAUUAUCUAAUGUUUAUUCAUAUCGUAAUCAUGAAGGUUAUAAUCCCACUACAAUGGAAAAUGAUGUAGCAAUUAUACGUUUAUCUAGCUAUUUGACCUAUAGUACUUCCAUAAGCAGAAUUAAUUUAUUAACUUGGUCUCCAUCAAAUGGAGCUUCAGCAGUUGUUGUCGGUUGGGGCACAACAUCUUACAAUGGUGGAAUUUCUAAUAAUCUACGAUAUAUUGAUGUCAGUAUCAUUAGUACAGCACAGUGUGCUUCUAGUGCCUACAGAUAUGGUUCAAGUAUAAAAUCAGAUAUGAUUUGUGCAUUUGCUGCGGGUAAGGAUGCUUGUCAAAAAGAUUCUGGUGGUCCAUUAGUUUCUGGUGGUUAUUUGACUGGCAUUGUUUCUUGGGGUUAUGGAUGCGCUUAUGACGGAUAUCCAGGUGUUUACACAGAUGUAGCACAAGUGCGUACUUGGAUUGUUAAUAAUGCUAAUAGCAUUUACACUUUCGUUUGCUUAAUCGAUAUGUUUAAAUUAGUGAUUUUGGUGUCCGCUGUUGCGUGUGUUCUAGGCGGAGUUGUACCGGAAGGUCUUUCACCACAGAUCGAUGGACGAAUAGUUGGUGGCAACGAAGGCAAUAUCUAUCAAUAUCCUUAUUUAGUUUCUAUACAAAGAAAUGGUCAACACGUUUGUGGAGGUUCCAUUUAUAGCAAUAAUAUUGUUGUGACUGCGGCUCAUUGUUUGCAAAAAGCUUCGACCAAUGAUUUAAGAGUAAGAGCUGGUUCUUCGACAUGGUAUACAGGUGGCACAUUGUCUUAUGUUAGCUCAUUUCGUAAUCACGAAGGUUAUAAUCCCACUACAAUGGAAAAUGAUGUAGCAAUUAUACGUUUACAGACUAUUUUAUCCUUGGGUUCUACUAUGAAUAGAAUCAAUUUAGCAACUUGGUCUCCAUCAAAUGGAGCUUCAGCAGUUGUUGUCGGUUGGGGCACAAAAUCUUACAAUGGUGAAAUUUCUGAUAAUCUACGAUAUAUUGAUGUCAGUAUCAUUAGUACAGCACAGUGUGCAUCUAGUACCUACAGAUAUGGUUCAAGUAUAAAAUCAGAUAUGAUUUGUGCAUUUGCUGCGGGUAAAGAUGCUUGUCAAAAAGAUUCUGGUGGUCCAUUAGUUUCUGGCAAUGCUUUGACUGGUAUUGUUUCUUGGGGUUAUGGAUGCGCUUAUGACGGAUAUCCAGGUGUUUACACAGAUGUUGCACAAGUGCGUGCUUGGAUUGUUAAUAAUGCUAAUAACAUUUUAACUUUCGUUUGCUUAAUCGACAUGUUUAAAUUAGUAAUUUUGGUGUCUGCAGUUACAUGUGCUCUUGCCGCAGUUGUUCCGGAAAGUCUUUCACCACAUAUCGAUGGACGAAUAGUUGGUGGCAAUGAAGGCAAUAUCAAUCAAUUUCCUUAUUUAGUUUCUAUACAAAGAAAUGGUCAACAUAUUUGUGGAGGUUCCAUUUAUAACAAUUAUAUUAUUGUGACCGCGGCUCAUUGUGUGCAAAAAAUACCAACCAAUGAGUUAAAAGUUAGAGCUGGUUCUUCGACAUGGAAUUCAGGUGGUACAUUAUUGAAUGUUGCUGCAUAUCGAAGUCAUGAAGGCUAUAAUCCCACUACAAUGGAGAAUGAUGUAGCAGUUGUACGUUUACUAACUAUGUUGUAUUAUAGUACUAGCAUAGGCACAAUUAAUUUAGGAACUUGGCUUCCUUCAAAUGGAGCUUCAGCAGUUGUUGUCGGUUGGGGUACAAAAACUUAUAAUGGUGUCAUUUCCGAUACUCUACAAUAUAUUAAUGUUAAUAUCAUAAGUGCAGCACAAUGUGCUUCAAGUACCUAUAGAUAUGGUUCAAGUAUAAAAUCAGAUAUGAUUUGUGCAUCUGCUACAGGCAAGGAUGCUUGUCAAAAGGAUUCUGGUGGUCCAUUAGUUUCUGGUGGUUAUUUGACUGGCAUUGUUUCUUGGGGUUAUGGAUGUGCUUAUGAAGGUUAUCCUGGUGUGUACGUGGAAGUAUCACUAUUUCGUGAAUGGAUUAUUAAUAAUGCUAAAACUGUUUAAUACUGUUUUUAUAUUGUUUUUAAAAACCAAAAUAAAUAUUUAUUAAUAAUGUAAAAGUA